CGCUUCUCCCAGCACCCCGGCGGGAGGCACGGUCCCCGCCUCGCCCCCAAAGCUUGCUGAGCCCCGCCUACAGCUCUGGCGGGGCACCGGACAGCGUCCGGCGGGCCCUCGCCGCCCACCGCCGCUGAGCCCCCUAAGGAGUUGGCGCACUUAGACCCCAGCAGCCCCCUCUCGGGACCUCAGUAGAUCUCUCUGUCCCCUGGGACCCACCUCGGGAUGCCUAACGUUUGUGUAGCGUAAGUGUUUAGGUGGGGAUAGAGACAGGCCUUUCGACAGGGAGUUGGGUUCGUAAUUAGUUGUGGACUGUCAGGAAGAAAGCUGUGUCAUCGGUGAGCAACAAAGAGAAGCCACCUGAUGUUGACGGCUACUAGCGGUCGUCACGUUCCUGAAACGCAAACUUUUGAGAUUUAUAUAGGUGAUGAUGAGCAGUCUACACAGAUGGCUGCAAGUUGGGAAGAUGAGAAAGUGACAGAAGCAUCUUCAGACAGUUUUGUUGCUAUUAAAAUCGAUACCAAAAGUGAAGCCUGCCUACAAUUUUCACAAAUCUAUCCCGUAGUGUGUGUUCCAUCCAGUUUCUUUAUUGGAGACAGUGGAAUUCCCUUGGAAGUAAUAGCAGGAAGUGUUUCUGCAGAUGAACUUGUUACCAGAAUUCACAAAGUCCGGCAGAUGCACUCAUUAAAAGGUGAAACAUCGGUGGCAAAUGGCAGCCAGUCAGAAAGUUCAGUCUCUACUCCACCCACCUCAUGUGAACCUAACAACACUUCUGAAAACUCUCAGUCCAGAAAUGUGGAGCUUUGUGAGACACCACCCACUUCUGAUAGAAAGUCAGAUUCUGCAACAGGAGGAGAAAGUUCAGGCCAUGCCAGUCCAUCUCAGGAGCCUGGUGGAUGUUCAAAUCAGAGACCUCCGGAGGACCUCACUGUCAGAGUGGAAAGACUCACUAAAAAACUCGAAGAAAGAAGAGAAGAGAAAAGGAAAGAGGAGGAACAGAGAGAAAUUAAGAAGGAAAUUGAGAGGAGAAAAACUGGAAAAGAAAUGUUGGAUUAUAAAAGAAAACAAGAAGAAGAAUUAACAAAAAGAAUGUUAGAGGAAAGAAACAGAGAAAAGGCAGAAGAUAGGGCAGCUCGAGAACGUAUAAAACAGCAGAUUGCGUUGGACCGUGCAGAGAGAGCUGCUCGUUUUGCAAAGACAAAAGAAGAAGUAGAGGCUGCUAAAGCUGCUGCUUUGCUGGCCAAACAGGCAGAAAUGGAAGUCAAAAGGGAGUCUUCUGCAAGAGAAAGAAGCACUGUUGCAAGAAUUCAAUUUCGUCUUCCUGAUGGUUCGUCCUUUACAAAUCAGUUCCCUUCUGAUGCUCCUCUAGAAGAAGCAAGACAGUUUGCUGCACAGACUGUUGGCAACACUUACGGUAAUUUUUCACUAGCAACCAUGUUUCCCCGGAGGGAAUUUACCAAAGAAGAUUAUAAAAAGAAAUUGUUGGAUUUGGAACUUGCCCCAAGUGCUUCAGUGGUACUAUUGCCGGCAGGAAGAACAACCACAUCCAUGGUACAUUCUUCCAGUGGAGACUUUUGGACAUUGUUGGGGACAGUCCUUUACCCAUUCCUUGCCAUCUGGAGAUUGAUUAGCAACUUCCUAUUUAGUAACCCUCCUGCACAGACCUCUGUGAGAGCAGCAUCAUCGGAGUCCUCAAACCUUGCAUCAUCUAGCAACUCAGAAAAAAGGGACCCAGUCAGGAAAAGAGUGCUGGAGAAACGGGGGGAAGACUUUAAAAAGGAGGGGAAGAUCUACAGAUUGAGGACUCAAGAUGAUGGUGAAGAUGAAAACAACACCUGGAAUGGAAAUUCUACUCAACAGAUGUAGUGUGACAAGUACAGUAUGUGCAAUAAUCAUUGUUUCCCUUACGAUUUAAUGCAACUAAAAUUCUACUGGAGAAGUGGGACUGCUUUUUUGUUUUCCAGCUGGUCUAUAAAGUGUCCCUUUAUUCUUGCUUAGUGGGUUAAAGUUGUUUAACUCCUUGGACAACUCAAGAGAUGAAGUAACUGGCCACUAGGUCCUUGCAUAUGGUAACCAACUGCUAGAAGCCUAAAAGAAUCAAAAGUUCUGCCACAGCCCCCCUUUAUCAGCUUUCUUAGUAUCUCAUAUACCCAUUAGCCCCAUGCUCUCAGAUGACACGUUUUGUUUAGAGCUAUUUUGCUCUAGAACUCUUAAGUCCACACAAAGUAACUGGUAUGUCACUGAGUAAUUUGACUCGGAGUCAGAGCAUUUUUAACUAGCCAAUCAGAUGAUAAUUUAUGUUUAACUUUUCUCUUUUUGCUCAUCAGCUGCAAGCAAAAUCUUGUAGUUUUUAAACACUGAAUAAAAAAUCUUUUCCAAAAAUUGAAA